ACGUGUUGGGUCUCUGGUUGUCAUGCUUUUUUUUUUUUUACAAGAAUGGAAGAAGGCGAAAAGUUGUAUAUUUUACAUACAAUAUACGCACAGACAGUGUCUCGAUUCCAAAAUCCUUGGAUCAAUGUUGUACGUCGACAUGCCUGCUCUAUAGUGGAGUGCAAUAUAGGAGAAGUCUGUGACUUAUCUUACGAUAACUGUCGUCCCACGGGCCCCUGUCUACUGAAACAACCCACCUGUGUCUCAGCCUUUAACUCUGCUAGACCAGGCAGAUGCCCAUCACCACGGCUCAACCUGAUCCCUAGAUUUACAGUGGACUGCUUUGAUGACCCCGGAUGUGACGCAUCUCAAAUCUGUUGUCAUAAUUACUUCGGAAGUUACUGUUUUCCCUUAAACAGACGGCGGACUGGGUCAUUACUUCAGAGCAGGAUGAGCAGGAUUAGAAAUGGAUAGCCUAUGUUCUGAUUUACACGAUCCCAAAACUUACACAAAAAUAAAUAGUGUUGUAUGUGCCAUCGACAGAGUAUCGUAUAUAAUAACAUUUAUACUGUUCUUGAAUUGGUAAAUAUAUAUUCUUGUUUCAUCGAUAUUGAAAUGCAUACACUAAUUAUGAUGACUUUUCUAUAGAGAAUCAUCGUUAUAGGUUUUUCUCAAAAAAGAUGUAACUCUUUAGAAAGCAGGUAUGAC